AUGAGGCUUGAGGGCAAGACGGCGAUAGUUACGGGGGGCGCGUCAGGGAUUGGGCGCGCGAUAUGCGAGGUGUUCGCGGAGGAAGGGGCGCGGCUGACUAUCGCGGACAUCGACGCUGCGGGCGGCGAGCAGACGCUGGCGAGCGUCAGAGCUGCGGGCGGCGAGGCGCAGUUUGUGGCGACCGAUGUGUCCAAGGAGGCGGAUGUGGAGGCGAUGGUGCAGGCGGCGGUUGACGCUUAUGGGUCGGUGAACAUACUGGUCAAUGACGCCGCUGUGUUCGUGUUCGGGGAGAUUGAGGACAUCACUGACGCGGACUGGGCGCGGGUCUUUGGCGUGAAUGUGAUUGGACAGGCGUAUUGCGUGAAGCAUGUUCUUCCGCACAUGAAGGCUGCGGGCGGCGGCUCCAUCGUGAACCUGGCGUCGGUGAGCGGGUUCAUCGCGCAGCCGGGGUUCAUCCCGUACAACGCGUCGAAGGGGGCGGUGAUGCAGCUGACGCGCUGCCUUGCGAUGGACCUUGCGCCGCACAACAUCCGCGUGAACUGCGUGUGUCCCGGAUCGGUGCUGACGCCUGCGACGGAGCGGCACCGGCAGUUCGUGGGCGCGGACCGGGAGGAGUUUCUGGCUGAGGCGGGGUCGUCGAACUUCAUGAAGCGGGUGGCAGACCCUCGCGAGAUUGCUUACGGCGCGCUGUUCUUGGCGUCGGAUGAGGCGUCAUUCGUUACGGGCACGCCGCUGGUGAUGGACGGAGGACUGACGGCGCAGUAG